UCGAACAUGCGAACUCGUAAUGAAUACCCUCAUUAUUUUGAAAGUAUCUUCAAGUAAUUGUGUCUCAAGUUAUAGCCUUACAUCAGUUAUUGCUUUAAUUAUUUGCCGCAUCUACCUAGAAAAAUAUCGAUUGAGUUUAAACUGUAAUAGGACAAAACUAAAAAAUGGUAUUUUGUAUAAAUAAUAAAGUGAACGAGAAGAUAAAAUCUAACCUGGAACCCGGAACUGAGCAAGGAAUUUUGAAAAGAAUUUUAUUCGAGUGGAGAAAUAUUUCGAUUCUGCUCUUCCUCUACACAUUACAAGGCGUCCCCAAUGGUCUAGCCGGAUCAAUCCCUCUCCUACUCCAAGCUCGUGGCACUAAUUACUCCGACCAAGCCAUUUUCUCGUUAGUGAGCUGGCCUUUCAACUUGAAAUUAUUAUGGGCCCCACUGGUGGAUGCCAUUUACUGGAAGCGCAUGGGAAGAAGGAAGUCAUGGCUCGUACCGGUUCAAUAUCUUAUUGGUGUCACGUUAUUAUUUCUAUCCUUCCAUGUGGACUCGUUAAUCGACUCCCUCGAGAUAUGGGUGUUAACGGCUUUGAUGUUUUUUCUCAAUCUCCUCAUUGCAACGCAAGAUAUCGUCGUCGAUGGUUGGGCGCUGAAUCUGCUUAAAAGAGAAAAUGUGGGCCUCGCGACAACAUGCAACGCUGUCGGCCUCCAAAUUGGGAGAUUCAUUGGAUAUGGACUCUUCAUAAAUUUGGCGUCUCCUGAUUUUUCAAAUAAAUAUCUACGCACCGUCCCAAAAAGCGACGUGGGAGUGGUCACUUUAUCCGGUUUUAUGUUCGCGUGGUCAAUUAUUUACUUUGUUUGUACGACACUCACCUUCUUCUGCAAGAAAGAGAAGGAUGCAGAUCCAGAGAUUGAAAAUGCAGAAGUGGACGAGGACAAAAGGAACAUAACAAUUACUAGUUACCUUCGACUAUGGCGUAUCAUCAAACUGCCUGCUGUACAAAAUUGUCUCAUCUUCUGCUUAACAGGCAAUGUGGUUGGCCUUUCAUCUUUCAUCCAUGACUUGAAGCAGGUAGAGGCUGGAUUGUCCAAGGAGGUUUUGGCACAGCUCUCCGUUCCGUUGGCACCACUUGGACUUCUGAUCACUGUACUAAUGACAAAGUGGACGUCGGGAGUGCGGCCGAUGAGUCUAUUUAGAAAUACUUAUGGUCUCACGUAUGUAGAUAGAUAUGCUAAGUCUGCUUUUAACCUUAACGACUCUACUAUUUGUAGGUUGCUCUCGACAGUUAUCUUUGCUGCAAUGGUGCCGGUAACUGGCUUUUUAAACAACCAUGGCACAUUCCCAUGGUGGUAUUUCCCCUCACUGCUCGGGAUUGAUAUAUUCGCUACGAUUUGCUUCACAUGUACGGGUGUCGCUCAGGUUGCAUUUAUCACGAAAAUCAGCGAUCCGGCGUAUGGCGCAACUUACGCGACAUUAUUCAACACCGGAAUAAAUGUGGGAGCAAUCGGGUCUGUCGCGGUUUCCCUUUGGUUGGUUGACCCCCUCACAGUGAAGUCUGGCAGCUCUGACGGAUUGUGUUCCACCGUGUUUGAUGGCUACUACGUUGAGACGAUCGCUUGUGUGCUUAUCGGCGUCAGCUGGUUUUAUUUCUGGGGAAAUAAUGCGAUUACGGAGUUACAAGCGAAACCUGAAUCUGCAUGGAAAUUAGGGACAGUACGGGAUGAGUGUCAGCCUGUAUGAUAGCAUAAUUUAGAAGAAUUUCAUUUAAUAUCUACUUCCAAAACCCACACUUUUAAUAUUAAGGAUUAAUUAGUUUGUUCAAAUUA